UCUCCUGCUUUACCGUUACUUUAAUUGCAUUUAAGUAUUUGAUUUUCUUUCUUUGGACCUUGGUUGGUUUAAGUCAAUAUUAAUUACUAUUUUAUGUGUCAAGUCUUGAUUAUACUUUUAGCUUAAAUUAUUAUUUCCAAUGAGUUCACAAUUUAAUGAUCCGGAUCCCAACGAAUUCAGAUCUUCCGAUAACGUUGAAAGCUCGAAUCAAUCGUCAUCAUUAGCAUCAUCAUCAUCAUCUUUCAAUCCAAAACAAACUAAGAUAUCCAAUUUAACUAAAAAUUUACUUUCAACAAAAUCGAAUAUAGAACAAGAGACUCAAGAUUCUCAAGCUGCUUCACAUAAUCAAGUUCCAAAUAAUCCACCUAGUUAUGACACUCUUGUAUCGACCUCUCAUAAUGAAAAUGCUCAUUUGGGCAGUGGUGGCGAGAUGAAUCAAAGCGGUCAUUACUAUUACCCAAAUCGUCAAAGUUAUAAUUCGCAAUUUGUUGCAUCAACAAGUGAUUCAAUGAAUUAUAUUCCCACCGGUCACCAUACGCCAAAUGCAAUCAGCUCCUCAUACUCUUCAAACCAUUCAUAUAACACUCCUCAUUCAUACAAUGCAUCAACUAAUAAUUUCGUACCCCAGAAUCAAUUAGCACAACAACAACAGCAACAAAAUUUCACUGGAAGCUAUAAACCAAAUGGAAUGAUGGCUCAUGCAAUCCCAACAACCAAUGUUUCUAUGGACUCUGCUAACUCUUUUAAUUCUUCAUCGCUUCAUAAAAUAUAUUCUCAUCAAAAUGCUUCGCAAGGUGACCAAUUUAAUCAACAAUAUUCUAAAACAAAUCAACUUAAUUUCCCUCAACAAAGAUAUCAACCAAAUUCAUUACCAAAUAAUAAUGGUGGUAAUUCAUUUGGAUCGUUUAAUUCUUUCCAACAGUCGUCAAAUCCUAAAAAUAAACCAAUGUCAAAUCAAACUCCCAUAUACCAAUAUUCUAAAUCCCAAUCCGAUUCUUCUUCUUCGAUACCUGAUCAUAACUCAAGGCCUUCUUCAUAUAUCCCAAGUGAACCUGAUCAUUAUAUGACUUAUAAAGAAUUCCUACAUAGUUUAUCGAUUAAAGAUUCUGAAGCGGCGGCGGCUGCGGCGGCUAAUUCAUCAAAUAAUGAAUCGAAUGAUUCUAUUCACGAUGAACAUCUCAAUAUUGUUGAUUAUCCUGUGAAUGAUUUAAUAUUAAUGUUAUCGUGUUUAUUGAGUAAAAUAAUCGAAGCCAAUGAUAAAUUACAUCCCAAUCAUUUUGAUAAUACAAUUGCAAUUAGACAAAAAUAUAAAGAGGAGAAAAAAUUACGUAAAUUAGAGAAAGAAAAUCGUCGACGUCAAAGAGGUUCAACUGGAGAUGAUGCUAUUAACGUCGAUGAUAGUAUAUCAGUUGACGCUAACUCAGACAUUGACAUUGAAGAAGAUGAUGCUGAUGAAGAGGAAGAAGAUGAAAUGAAGAAUAAAUAUUUGGCUAACGUAUUAGCAUUUCAUGGUACUAAUGUUCCAGGAAUAUCAUUACAUGCAUAUUUAGCUAGGGUUCUUAAAUAUUGUCCCGUUACAAAUGAAGUUUUCUUAUCAUUAUUAGUUUAUUUUGAUAGAAUAGCUAAAAAGGCAAAUAAUUUAAAGCUGAAAAAGAAAAAACAAGAAGAAGAAGGUAAUAAAAAUGAAGAUAUUGAUGAUGAAUCAGAACAAUUAUUUGUAAUGGAUUCAUAUAAUAUACACCGUUUAAUUAUAUCAGGUAUCACCGUUAGUUCCAAAUUUUUCAGUGAUAUUUUCUAUAAAAAUUUAAGAUAUGCUAAAGUUGGUGGAUUACCAUUAGAAGAAUUAAAUUACCUAGAAUUACAAUUUUUAUUAUUACUUGACUUUAAAUUAAUGAUUUCAGUGGAAGAUUUACAGAAUUACGGUGAUUUGCUAUUGAAAUUUUGGAAACGUGAACAACUAACCAACGAAUUAGUUAGUGGCACCCAAGAAUCCCAUUCACAAAGUGAAACACCAAGUCAAAAUCAAGGUCAAACUCAAACACAGUCCCAAUUAGUCUCAUCUAUUCUCACCCGCUUAGCAAGACCCUUUGUUCUGAAGUUUGAAACAUAAACAUAGCACUCUUGUCUCAGUAUUAACCCAAUAUGUCUUAGUAUCAAUAUGUCUCAAUAGUUGUUCAACAUUUGUCCCAGUAUUUAAUUUUCAAUUCUUCUCUCAUUUUUUAAUCAUUGGAUCCAUGAUCUGAUGGUAAUUUUUAAAUUAAUGAUUUC